GACAAAGGACACUGCACCACCGAAGUGAUGUACUCGAGACAGUUGUCUUAGUCAAUCCAUCGGAAGAUACAGUUCUUUCAGAGAUCCAUUCUCUUGUGUCUGACCCAGCUGUGCACAAGCUACUGGUCCUGAGUGGGCAGAACUCGGACCAAGGUGACCUGCUUCUUCAAACUGGAGUGUUUACUUAUCAAGCCUUAUCGCGUGUCUUUGCUGAUCCUGGGGUCACUUAUCUGCUGGGUAAAGCAGACCCAGGGCAGCGGGCAACGCUCACUGUGUCCUGCCGAACUGAGGCAGGUUGGACCUCCCUGGGGCAGUGUCUGAGGGAGUUUCUGGACUAUAAAUUGAAUCCUGAGCCCAUACUUCCCAAAAUGGAGGGCGUCACAGAGUUCACAGAGUACAUUUCCGAGACAGUAGAUGUGCCAUCCCCAUUUGACCUACUUGAGCCACCCACUUCUGGAGGAUUUCUCAAACUGUCAAAGCCUUGCUGCUACAUCUUCCCUGGAGGAAGAGGAGACUCUGCCCUGUUUGCAGUCAAUGGUUUCAAUAUUUUGAUUGAUGGCGGCUCUGAGAGAAAAUCAUGCUUCUGGAAACUUGUCCGACACUUAGACCGUAUUGAUUCCAUUCUGCUCACUCACAUUGGUGCUGACAAUCUCCCUGGUAUCAAUGGGCUCCUUCAGAGGAAGAUAGCAGAGCAAGAGGAAGAGCAGUCACAAGGCUCAACUACCUACAGCGACUGGAUGAAGAACCUCAUUUCACCAGAGCUUGGAGUUGUGUUCUUCAAUGUACCAGAGAAGCUCCGCACCUCUGAAUCAAACUUAAAAGUCAAACGCAGUAUUGAAGAAGCUUCUUUGACAUUGCAGUACCUUGACAAGCUUGGAAUUAAGCCUGAACCUCUUUUCCGUGUAGUUAGUAACACCAUUGAACCCAUCACACUUUUUCACAAGAUGGGUGUGGGCAGGUUAGAAAUGUUUGUCCUUAAUCCAGUGAAGGACAGUAAGGAAAUGCAGUUUCUUAUGCAGAAGUGGGCUGGUAACAGCAAGGCCAAAACUGGGAUUGUGCUCCCCAACGGAAAGGAGGGUGAAAUAUCUGUGCCAUACUUAACAUCUGUUACAGCUCUUGUGGUGUGGCUUCCUGCCAACCCAACAGAGAAGAUUGUCAGAGUUCUGUUCCCUGGCAAUGCACCACAGAACAAAAUCCUUGAAGGUCUUGAAAAGCUAAAACACCUUGACUUUUUGAGGUAUCCAGUGGCUACGCAAAAGGACAUAGCUUCUGGUGUCUCACCUUCUGCUGUAAAACAGACAAAGUUAAAGCAAAGGACUGACAGCAAAGAAAGUCUUAAGUCUUCUCCCAAGAUGCACACACCUACAAAGACCUUCAAGAAAGAACUGGAUGGACAGGAGGACACAUCCGUCCUUGAGACAAAAAGUGAAUCUGUCAAGGAGAACAAGUCUGACAAAAAAGAGGAGAAAAAACACACUAAGCCAUUGAAACCAAAAACUGAGGUAACAGAAAAGAAAAAGUUAAUGAAGGAGAAAUCACUGAAAACAUUCAAAAAAGAAAGGGUGUCCAAAAUGGAUGAGAAAAAAGAUAAGGAAAAGAAAGAGAUCAAGAAAGAAAAACGUGAAAUCAAAAAAGACGACUCUGUGAAAAAAGAUGAGAAAAAAAUAAAGACCAAGGAUGUUUCAAAACCUGAACUGAGGAAAAUUACCAAACCUGAUCUAAAACCCUUCACACCGGAGGUCAGGAAAACUCUUCACAAGGCCAAAACCCAAGGGAAACCCAAAACAGUAAAGAGCAAGACUACUAAGGUGGAAAGUGCAGAGCCUGUUGCAGAAUCAAAAGCUGAGAAGGCUCAGUCUGAGACUCAGGAGAAUGGCACAGGAGAAGUCAAAUCUGUUCCUUCAACUCCAGAAGAUUUGACCAAGGAGUUUGAAGAGCUGAGAGAAAAGACACCAGUUGAACUGGUAGAUCAGCCUAAGCCAGAAGAAGAUUCCCUAACACCUUCAGAACAACCAGCUGAUGAAGAAGUAGGCCCCUGUGUGGAUACUGCUGGUGAGAAAGAAGACACUGUUGUUUCACAAACUGAAACAGGUAUACAGGAACCAGGACCUCCAGAAAAAGAAGUGCCAACUACAGAAGAAAUCAAAACUGAACCUGAACAAACUGCAGAGGAGCGCCAAGGACUGGAGAGUGAUAAAUAUGAGGAUGAAGGCACGGCCAUAGAGGAUGAAGAAGAAGAGGAAGAGGAAGUGGUUACCGUUGAAAAGAAAACAAUAGAGGAGGAAGAGGACAUGGGCAUAGGAGAUGAAGAAGAUGAAGGGAUCGCAAAAGAGAGCAAAGAUUUGGAAGGAGUUGACCGAAAACAUGAGGUUGAAGAAAUGGAGAAGCACAGCGAAAGGGAAGCAGUGACAGACAUAACAAAGUCUGAAGUUGAAGAAGGACAGAUGGAAGAUGAGUAUGUUGAAAAAGCAGAGUUAGAAGAGGCUGAAGACUUGGAUGCUAUUGCGGAUGAAGAAAUCAAAGACGUGGCUGAUGAGAAGUUAACGAAGGAGGGGGACCACAAGAUGAGUGAGGAGACUCUGUUGGCCAAAGAUGAUGAAGAUGCAUACUUAUCUAAUGUGGGAGGUCUCACGGCUGGUGUUACAUCCACAGUCCAAGGAGCUGCUGCAGCAGAGAGUUUAUCAUACAUUCAGGAUGAGACAAUACCAGGUUACUCAGAGACUGAACAAACUAUCUCAGAUGAGGAGAUUCACGAGGAAUCUGAGGACAGGAUACCUUACCUUCAAUAUGAAGUUGGCAAGUAUGACGUCUCAGUACCAGAUCAAACAGGCUCCUUUGAUGCAAUCCACGGCAUGAAAGAGAUGCAAGCGAUGGGUGAAGGAGCUGCAAAAGCAUUUACUGGCAUCCAAGAGCCUGCUAUUUCGGUAUACACCAGCAUAAUAGCUGCUCCGUUGGCUGAGGAGGAACAUGUCUCUUCAGCUACAUCAAUCACCGAAUAUGACAAACUGUCGUCUUUUCCAACCUCUGUUACUGAGGAUCAGUCAGUGGCGUCUGUCACAGCACCUCAGACUGAAGACACUGGAAAGAGCUCAUUACUUCUGGACACAGUAAACAGUGUACAUCCCAUAACCCAAACAGAGGCUACCCAAGGAAAAGACUAUCUGCACUCUGCUGGAACCAUCUCUCCGACAUCCUCCCUAGAAGAGGACAAGUGCUUCAAAUCACCUCCUUCAGAGGAAUGUCCACCUCUUCCCUUGGAGGGGAAGAUAGAGGGCAUCGAGACCACUACCCACUACGAGGAGGAGGAGGAGGAUGAGUAUGAAGAUCAAACACCAAAUGUUGACAUUUGUCUUGGAAAGCUACAGGAAGGAUAUGCUGUCUCUCCUAAACUCCAGGAGAAAGACAAAGAAGGUGACAAGCCCAAGAGUCCUGAGCCUUCUCCCUUGGAGUCCACACUAGAUAAGGAACCUGUGUCUCCUCUUGUUCUGGAGGAAAGAACAGUGUCUCCAAUUAAAGAUGCACCAUCUGAAGUUACUGCAACACCAGCCUCUACAUCACCUGUCCCUUCUAAGCCAUUGGUUUCAGAGUCAGGUAGUUUUCCAGAGGCUGAUGACAGAUGCUUCAGCCCUGAUGACAGCACUGUUAAAAUGGCCUCACCUACACAAUCUGGACCACCCAGUGCUACUCACUCCCCUCUUCGUAUGUCACCUGUUGAAGAUAAGUCCAGAGUGUUCCCUGAACAGUUGGAACAAGAACAGGAGGGGGCCAUCUGUCCCUCUGAAUUUAAAGUUGAAAAGGAGAGUGAAAAACAAAGAACACAAAUUGAAAAGGUUGAACUAGAUACGGUUAUGAAAGCAGAUGAAAAAGAAAUACAGAAGGAGGAGAAGAAAGAUGAGUUGCUAGUAAAAGAACAGGACAUUCCACAAAUCCAAGACACAAAAGAGCCCACCACUGUAACAGCUGCAGUGACUGAAAAGGACGAGCCCUCACUGAAAAAGGAAGAUUUAUCAACAGAGAAUACUGCACUGCUGCAAAAAAGUAGGGAGGAGUAUGAGGAAAAAUAUGAAGAUGAUAUCAACAUUUGUAAUAAAGUCCCAAUUGCAGAGGAAAGGGCAAGUCAGUUCCUUGAUGAUUAUGAUCAUGGUGGUAAAUCCUCUGAGGUUAAAUCCUCUGUAGAAAAAGAAGAGAAAAAGGAGAAAGAAAAGGAGCUUUAUGAAGAUGAGAAAGAGGAUGCAGAUGAGAAACAAGAAGAAGAUUAUCAGCAAACCUCUCUGCCAGAGACAGAUAAAGAAGCGGUUCUGUCAUUUUUAGAAUCUAAAGAAAAGCAGACAGAAAUUGCACAUGAGCAAGGUCUAAUUUCAGUAUCAGAGAAAAUAGAUAUGCCUCCUAAAGAGGAUUUCCAAGCUGAGAUUGCUGAAAAAAUACCUGAAAAGACAGAAACAGCCCCCAAGCAGGAUGUAGAAUCUAAAGAGAAACAGGUCGAAGAAAAACAGCCUCAGAUUUUGGAGUCAACACCAGAAAAGGCAGAUUUACCCUCAACACUGGUUGAUGAAUCCAGAGAGACAGAUAUGGCCAUUAAACAACCUGUGGACCUAAAGUCAUCAGAUUUAAAAGUUGAAACAUUUGAUGUGUCUUUAACAAAACAUACAGAGGAAUCUGGUGUUGAAUCAGCUGCACCAGAAGUAGAUCACUUGGAUCAGAUGACUGAAAAGAAAUUAGAAGUUACUGAAAUUGUAUCUCUGCAGUCGACUUUAGAAGACAGAGAUGCGUCCCACAGAGCUGAUCAAGAGACAGAAGAAAAGGAGACAAAAGUAACCCCAUCUCAAGCACAACUAUUAGAUUCUAAAGAAAUUAUUGAAGAGAGACCUUCCCAGACCUCAGUGCUACCAGACAAAACAGAAGCUACAGCCAAAAUGGACAAAGAAAGUAAAGAUGAGACCACAGAAGACAUCAAAUCUCAAAUACAGCAGCCAGCCUUAGCAGAAUGUGUCUCCUCAAAAACAGAUUAUGAAUCAAAAGAUAAACAUGUAGUGGAGAGUCAGUCAGUUACAGAGGUUAAAGAUUUAGCAACCAAAAUGGUUGAAGAACAUAAGGAGGAACAAGUGGAGAAAAUGGAAACUCCAGCCUUAAAGUCAGAUGAGACGCAUCUAACUUCGAAAGGGGAGGAAGAAUCUACAAAGAAGCCUGUGGACGAUACUCAAAUAACAAUACAUACUUUAGAAAGUGAGGAAGAAUCUACAAAAAAGCCUACGAAAGACACUGACUCUGAAACACAGCACCCAGCUUCAAUGGAAUAUGUCACCUCAACACCAGAAUAUGAGUCAAAAGAUAAGUAUACAGUGGUGAGUCAGUCAAUUACAGAGGUCACAGAUUUAUCAAGCAGUGUGGUUCAAGAACAUAAGGAUGAACAAAUGGAGAAAAUGGAGACUCUGGCUUUAAAGUCAGAUGAGACACAUUUAACCUCUGAAGGUGAGAAAGAAUCUACAAAGCCUAUGGACGAUACCCAGUUAACAACACAUACUUUAGAAGAACCAGAUAUACCCACACAAUUAGACUUUCAACCUGAAGAAAAACUCACAGAAACUAGUCAGUCUCAAAUCUCAAAGUCUGUAGUUUCAGAAGACUUGGAAUUAGUUUACAAACCAGAACAAGAAUUGAAAAAAUCAGUUUUAGAAGAUACUGAAUCCAAAACACAGCCAUCAACAUCAGAAAAAACUGACGCAGUAUUAACAUCUGACCUUGAAUCAAAAGACAAACCAAUACAAGAAAGCCGGCCUGAAGUCUGUCAGGCCCCACCAAAGGAAACAGAUUUGGUGGUGAAAGAGGAUCAGGUUUCUAAGGAGAAACAGAAAGAGGAAACUGGGCCUCUGGAGCUGAAGUCAGAUGUAGUGAAACAUGAAGAAACUGUAUCUAUGGCAGAAAAAUCAGAUGUUACUUCCAAGACAGGAUAUGAAUCUAAAGAAAUGAGCACACCUGAAACAUUUGUAGUUUCAGAAGAAAAAGAUUCAAUCUGCAUACCAGAUCAAGGACAUAAAGACAUGGAAGACAUCAAAUCUCAAUUGCUGCAGUCAGCUGCAGAGAAAAUAGACACAAGUUCUGAGGACAGUCAUGGACAGCAGAGCCAUCCUCAAACCACUUUCACAUCUGAGAAAAUAGCAACAACAGAGGGUCAAAAAGCAAAAGAUGAGAUCAUGGAAGACAUCACAUCUCAAACACUAGAAUCAGCUCAAGAAAAAACAGAUAUUUCUCCAAAAGGAGAUCAUGAACCUAAGGAUAAAGAUGUGGAAGAAGACCAAUCCCAAGUCUUGAAGUCCAUAUCUGAGAAAACUGAAUCAGCAGACAAAGAAGACCAGGAUUCUAAAGUGAAAAAGGCAGAAGAGGUCUUUAUUGAAAAACCUGUGUCCACAAGUGUAGCUUCUGACAAAGAUCAAGAAACUAAAGAAAAGCAUGUGGAAGAAAGCAAACCAAAACCACUGGAGUCACUGUCUGAAAAAGCAGAUGACAUUUCAAAGUUGGACCAAACUGCAGAACGGCAAAAAGAAGCAACUGAUGAAACGUUUGAUUCAAAGCUUGAAUUUGAAUCUAAAGCAGCUCCCAGCAGUCCUAGCAAAUCAUUGCCUGAAAAAAUUCCUUCAUCUGAAUCAAAAACAGAAGUGGAUUCUAAACUUGAUUUAGAGUCUAAGGAGGAGGCUGAUACCUUUAAAUCAGUGAUCCCAGAAAAAUUAGAUCAAGAGGUUGAAAAGUCAUCUCAAGAAGAAUCUCCAAAAGAAGUAUCGGUGUCAAGCUCUGAGGCAGAAGAUCUGGAAUAUCAGACAGACCUUACAUCUAAAACACAGCAGCUAGGAGAUGAUGAGCAACAUACUGUGUCAACAUAUGAAAUAGAAACCUUACCAGCAAUACCAGAGAAAAUGGACAUUGGUGCUAAGUUGAAUUUAGACUAUAAAGAGAAAUGUGUUGAGGUUAAACAUGGCACUUCAUUGUCAGUAACUGAGAAAAUGGAGAGCGGAGUGAAAACAGUGUUGGGCUCUGAAUUUCCCGAAAAGUACUCAGACAAUGAAGAAAGUACAGAGGAAGAUGAAGGCGAUGCCAUCUGCAUGGGUGGUGCAGGUUCAAGACCAUUGUCAGUUGAACCAUGGGCCUCAGAGGAAACAAAGGACAGUUGUGCUGAACAAAUGCCACACACAACAGGUGAAAAAGAGGAAAUGAUAACUCAUUUAGAUGAUAAAGGUGUGUGCAGAGACUCAACUAGGCUUUCACCAGAGUUAGAGAAGGAGAGUGAGGAGUCCAUGAAAACUUCAGUCCCCACAGCUCCUGCGGAUGAUAGUAUUGCAACAGUGACAGAGCCAUCAACCCCUACCACCAUUCAGGCAAGUUCUGAAAAGUCCAAAAUGCCUGAAACACAGACUCCCUCAACAGACACUGUCAAACCUGAAAAAGAAGUGGAGAGAGAAAUGGAAGGAGAGCGAGAGAUGGCCUCUCCAGGGUUGGAAACAUCUUCCUCACAUUUUCAAAAAACAGACAGCACUGAUGAAAAGUACUCUGAAAAGACUGCUGAGGAAAAGACCAAAACGGAGAAAGAGAAAAUGGAUGACAGCAUCACGUGUCAACCUGAGAAAGGGAGCUAUGAAACAUCCAAAUAUGAGCCCUAUGAAAAACCUAUCUCAAGUGAACUUGACAGGGACAUUGAGCAAUAUCCUAGCUCUAACCUUGACAUAGAUGUACAUGACAAUAGAAGGGCCAGCCAGUCCUCUCUACAGGGAGCUGCAGGCCACAUAGAUGAACAAAGUGACGAAGAACCAGUGUCAUUCAGCAAGGUUGAUUACCAUGCAUCUUUCUCUGAGACAAAGACAAGUAUCCUGAGUGGGCCCAGUACGUCUUCUGAGCAAGACAAUAAGGAGAGUUACCAAGAAGAAGAGUUAGAUAGAGAAAGACUAGAUACACCUUACGUGGACAAGAGUUUUACAUACGUAGAGACCUAUGACAAUAGAACCAUUCCUGACUCUAGUUCAAGCUUUUCCUCCAGUGACUUCCAAGACAAAUCAGAGAAGUUGGUAAGGGAGGAGAAAGAGAAAGAGAAGGAAACUGUCAAGGAGGACACAUGUUCUUCUCUUCAUAGCAAGGAAGAAAAGGAUACUUGUUCUGAAGUACCAGUAAAAGAGGCUUGCACUUCUGCCUCCAUUACAUUAUAUCCUGAUAUGUCAGAGCCUGAGAAAGAGAAAGAGGCAAAAGGGCAAGAUACAAAGUCUGCACUUCAUACAGAGGUUUGUGAAGAUACAACAUCAUCUCUAAAAGCUGAGACUCGUGUGACUGUUGGGGCACCACAACAAGGGCUGUUUUCUCCAUUGCAAGAUCAGUUAAGCCUUCAGACCACAACAGUACCAUCAACCUCAUCUCAUGCUGAGAACAUACCAGAGAGUCAGGUCACGAAGAGCGAUAAGACAGAUGUGGAUUUGGCAAAGCAAGUGAAAGAAGAAUCAGAUUCAUCUUGCAGCAAAGAAGACCCAUUUUCCUCUGGAAGACACUCACCACCAGAAAAAGAUAUCCUGCCUGGUCGAUUAUCCCCUGAGGAUGGAGCUGAUCAGGUUUCUGCUACAGAGGUACAUUGUGUAGAUGACAAUGUCCUUGCAUCUGAGAGUGCAAGUAAGGAAAGUCCUGCAACUAGCAAAUCAUUACUGGCAAGUGGAGAGACAGAAAUAUACCCAGUCAAAAGUCAAAAGAUAUUUGCAGAGGAAGAGGAUGACUAUGAGGAUGAGGAAGAGGAAGGUGAAGAAGAUGAUGCUAGUGACUUGGAUAUGGAAAAAGGUGCCAGAGAGUUGUCCGAGAAGGAGACCAAAGUAGCAUCCGAUGAUUACAGUGAUACCAAGUUAAGUGAGACAAAAGAAGAUAAGGAGAAGCAGACACAUGAAUCAGAAUACACUUCUAAAAAACAAGAGGAAGAUAUUAUAUCAGGGGCUUCAGAAGAGCCUUUGGAAAGUGAGAAAGCUGAAGAUACAGUUAGCACCUCUUCCACUCUUUGUCAAGGUCCCUCAGAAAAAAGUGAGACAGUUACAUCAGGGCCUGCAUCUGUACAUGGUUAUCAUCAUGAUAUGGACAGCAAGGCCUCUGAGCAGUCAAAGGAAAAAGACCUAAGCAAGUCCACUGAGGACAAACAUGAAUGUGACAUUCAGAAGACAUUAGAUAAAAAAACUGAGGGAACAGAAUCCUUGACAGCUGCCCAGACUGAUGCAACACAGUCUUCAUCCUCAUCCUACAGUUAUUCCUCAUCAACCUCUGCCUCAUAUUCAACAGGUCAGCACUUUGCAGAGGGGAUAGGGACCCCUAUUACCAUACCAAGUGCUCAUCUGAGGUCAGAUGCAGAUAGUAUAUCAUAUGAGUACUCCUCUCUCAAAGAAGAAGAAUCUCUUCCUAUGGAUUUACCCUGCUUAAGCUCUGGAGUACAGUCAAGAGAUGAAUACAUGGAAGUGUCUGAAAAACUCACACCAGCAACAACAACAGCUGAGUCAAUAUCUAGUCUUGCAAGGUUUUCUCCGUUAAGCCCAUUGGAGGAGACAAAAUCUUUCCUUCAAGAUCAAGCGUCGUCAGCAGAGGAGAAGUCAGAAGAAGAGGUAACAAGUAUAAAAUCAGACAAAGAUCAGCCCUUUGACCAAAAAGAUAUAUCUGUGGCUGACCCAAAGUGCUCAAAAGAUCCAGAUUCUGCCAAAAUUGCAUCUCUGCAGUCUGAAGCUCCUUCAGCUACAUCAGUUAUGUUUGAUAUUGCGCCAUUAAAGAAAGCCGACUCAGCAGACAGAGACCCCCAGCAAGAAUCCUCUGACACUGAACCUGAAGACCAUGCAAGCAAUAUUGAAGAAGGCACUUUACCUUGUAGAAUUGAAUGUGACAGAUCUGUCCUUCAAAAAGGAAGCAUGGAAACAUUGCCUGAACCACAUGAUGAUUUCAAAGCCUCAACUAAAUCAGAGCAGCACUCUGCGGAAAGGUCAUCAAAUGGACCAACAGAAGUUUGCACAAGUUCUCAAGAUGUUUCAAGUAAAGUAAGCGAAGCAGUUGCGGCUGGUGCCUUAGACCUGCCAGAUAUGAAACAGGAAGAGAUGGAAAAAGAGAAGGAAGAGAAGAAAGAUGAAGUUAAGAAGGAGCAUGUGGCAGCUGAUGUUGAAAAAGAGAGAAAGGUUCAAUCAGACCAGCAGGAAGAACACAAAAUUGUGCCAGGGAUGGAAAAGAUGGAGGAGGUCAAAAAGAAAACAGGGGAAGAACAGAGACCGAAGGAUGAAAAAGUGGAACAUGAAAAGAUUGAUACUGAAGUGAAGGGGCAAGAGCUACAAGUUGAAGCUCUGAGAGAAAAGGGCGAGGAAGAGCGCAAAGAAAUGGUUGAUGUAAUGUCUAAAGAAAAGACAGAGGAGAGGAAGGAACCACUGAAAGCAGAGUUGCCAGAAAAAGAUACCAAGAAAACAGAUGCACAGCAGUCGUUUCAAAAAAGCACAUCUGCUUCUGAAACAAGGCAGGAGACUGUUACAUGCUUGAGAGCAACAUCUGGUGAUGAAGAGGAUGUUUGUGAACAAAUGGAAGUGAAGGGAGUUGAGGGAGAGCUCUUGAAGUAUGUCUCAAAAGAGCAAAAAGAUCAAACUGUAGUUGCAUCAGUUUCAUCAAGUGAACAGACCUCGUCCUCUCAGCCAUCCAAAAUGUCAGAGGAGGAUUUUACUCGACCUUCUGAUCUCUGCAUGGAGGCCAGCUCCUCUUGCUCACCUCCAUUAUACAAACACUGCAAAGGAGAACUUUCCCCAUCGUUUAUUAACCCAAGCCCGCAUCAUUUAUCCAGUGAGGAGGGAGAGGAGGAUGGCAGAAGUGACUGCUCAAGGGAGGAUGAUUUUGACGAUGAACGUGAACAGCACUCUGUUAAGAGGAGAUCUCACAAACAGCAGCGUCACCAUGCCCACAGCUCCCAUGGAGACAGUAAAGAGGGAACGCAUGCCCCUUCUAGUGCCAUGGCAACUGGACAUGGAGUAUCACUUGCAGGAGGAGAAGAAACUCCUCCCACCUCUCUAAGUGAGUCACUUCCUUCUCAGUCUGACUCAGACGUGCCACCUGAGACCGAGGAGUGUCCAUCCAUCACAGCUGAAGGAAACCUUGACUCAGAUGAAGAUGCAGAGCACCUACCAGUUGACAAAACUUCUACCACAGCAACCAGUGGUCAUCGCUCAUCCUCUCCGAGGAGCCAUGAUCCUCCACCGGCCCCAAUGAAAGACCCUGUCCCUCAACCUCCCCACCCAGAUGUGUGCAUGGUGGAUCCAGAAGCUCUUCUCAAUGGGCAAACCCACACAGAGCGACCCAUCAAGAAAGACCUUAAACCAACAAAGGGGUUAAGGAAGACCUUGGGGAAGCCAAAGUCUGCAUCUCCAGCACGUAAAGGCGAUGCUAGGAGCAGAAGGUCCACAACACCUGUAAAACAGGCAUCCAAAGACUCCUCGCCUCGCGCUCCUUCUCUUAAAAGACUAGAUUCUGAGAGGACACUCCGGCUGUCUCGAAUGUCUGAGACAACAGGCUCUAAAGGAGAGAGCUAUUCAGGAAAAGGGCUUGUCAAUGGUGUAAAGAGCAAUACAGGUUCCAAUCAGAAGUCCAAUUCUGGUGUUCCGCCUGGACCACCUUUCUAUGUUGACCUUGCCUACAUUCCAAAUCACUGCAGUGCUAAAAAUGUUGACCAAGAAUUUUUCAAGCGGGUGCGCGCUGCAUACUAUGUAGUGAGCGGGAAUGACCCAGGCAGUGGAGAACCUAGCCGUGCAGUUCUGGACGCACUGCUUGAAGGCAAAGCACAGUGGGGAACCAAUCUACAGGUAACCCUGAUCCCUACCCAUGACACAGAGGUGACUCGUGACUGGUAUCAGCAGACUCAUGAGAAGCAGCAGGAUCUGAACAUAAUGGUCCUGGCCAGCAGCAGCACAGUGGUCAUGCAGGAUGAGUCUUUCCCUGCCUGCAAAAUUGAAUUUUAGGCAGGUUUUUAUUUAGAGACACAUUCAUUUCUCAUCAUUCCUUAAGAUUUAGAUGGUGUAUUCUUUACCACCCACAGCCUUGCAUUCCAUCGACUGCCAUUUAUAGUUUGUAUCUUAGCCUGCAACGGCAACAGAUCCUAGUGCUGUCAAACAAGGCCUUAUAAGCUUUGGUUUAGACUCCUGAUUCACACCUACGUGUUAUUUGAUUGUGUCUGCAAGGCUUAGGCGAAGAAUUUGAAUUACUAGACGCUGUAUGAGCUAGCAUAAGCUGAGGUUUGUUGCACAUUUAGUUUACUUGUAUUCUCAAUGGUGAUAUCUUUAAGAGACAAGUAUUCAUGUUCAAAUGCCUUGACCUAAAUUUCAAUUUGAAGCACAAAAAAUAUCCUCUGCAAUUUUUUUAAUAGCAUACCUCAUCCUUUCCCUUCUUUCUUCAUUAUGAAUGUUAGCAUGCCUCGGUAAACAUUUACUCUAACCUCAAUCUAGGAAAACAAACUAUGAAUAUAGGAGUGUAUUUUCUUUUCGAGAGGACUAAUAACAUGCUCUUUGAAAAAUCAUUACGGUGAUAGUCUAGAAAAUGUCUUUAACCGUGUUGUGGCUGAUGGUCAGGUAUAAUGGCUGUGAAUAUAAAGUUCUACCACAGGAGACUUAAAUCACACUAUUCUGAAAAGGCACAUACUGUACACAUACCAGCGAAAGUAAGCAAGCAGACAAACCAACAAACAAGCUAACAGAUGCUACUACAAAGGAUAUGUAAGUGCCAAAUCUAAAUCGUGUAUUGUCAAUUAACAGAAUCUAUACAGAUCCUAUAAAAAUCCAAAAUCUGUGUCCUUAAGGAAACAUUUUCAUCUGCUCAAUUAUCUUAGCAGUGUGGCAUUACUGGUGGCUGUAUAUGUCUGUAUGUGCCUUUAAGAAUAUGGCACUGUAGAUGACAUAUACCAGCAGCUCAGUGUUGUUUUUGCUGACUGGGCUCUUGUGUACUCAUAGUGGCUGAUGCAAAAGGGUCAAGAACCAGUCAGUGCAGCUUGUGUGUAGCAUUCUGUAAAGAACCUAAAUUAGAUAGCAAUGUUAAAAGGGGAUCUCCUCAGUGAUUGGUAUUAUAUUUAGUUCAACUAAAGCAUGAUGCUUGUGCAGCUCAGGCUUCUCCUAAGAGGUACAGCGAUCGAGGGCUCUGCUUUAAUGAUCAGAACAGUCUUUGUGAAUUCAUACAGACUAAUAGCUAGGGCAGCUACCUUACCGUGUAUCGUCUGUCAUUUACUUGACCAUCUACAUAUUAAGUCAGAUAGAGUUUAUGAUAGUUCAUUGGCAGUAAUAUGAUUUUCUAGGACUUGGACAAGGUCAGUAGUCUGGCUGCAGUAAUUUUCAUAACGGCAUCAAGGGUACUAGUCAGAGGGCUUGUACAUGCUGAAAUAAGAGAUAUGUUUUACAGUAGAGAAUUCAUAGACCGAAGUUUUGAGUUCAAGGGUGUCGUGAUAGUUAAAUUGUCAGCACAGUUUUCUUUUUUUUUUUAGAUUUUCUGAGGUGACAUUUAAAGGUUAUUUAAAACAAACAAACAAUAAAAACAACAAAGCAUUACAAAUUAAAUUGAAUGGCAUUCAUUUUCAGUGGUGCAUGUAGCAGUACAGACAUGUUUGUAGAUGUAAAUGUAAAUGACAGCUUCAAGAAUAAGUGUGCAUUAUUUAGCCUAUACACUGCAUAAGCAGAGAGCAAGGGUCCCCUCAUGUGCCUUCUGCAUUAACUGUCUAAAUAUGACUAAAUAGUUUACAGAAAAAAAUGCAGAAGCACUUUAAAUAGUGUGGAAGAUGAUUAAUAGAGCUGAUGUGCUUUUGAACAGUAUCCAGAUGUUAAUGAUGAGUCCUUAGUAGCCUUAUAUAUGUACAGUAAUACAGAAUGAAUUGUCCCCUAUUCUAAAGUGUUGUCCCAAACUGAGGUCUGGGAUAAUUUUGCAUUAAGUGUGGUAGCAGUUUUGAAGACUGAAAAGGAGCCAUACAAGCAAGGUGUAUAGAUGGUUACACUGCAUGUAAAUAUUUAGGUAAAUAACAAAUAAUUAAUUUAUUUCAAAGAAUUGCAAACGUAUUAAUUAUCUGGAGGUAUUCCUGUUAUGUACUGAAGCUUUAAUGGAAUGUGGUUGAUUGAAUCUAGUACAAUGUCUCAAAUGUAUUAUCUUGUAUGUCUGUCAAACAGAGGAACUAACAUCCAAUGGUUACAUUCAAUUGAGUGAUUUCAGUGAAGAACUGACUAUGAAUAAUCUUGAUCACUAGAACACGUUUCGAACCACAAAAUAUAAAAUACUUUGAAUUAUGUGUUCUAUAGCAUACCUUAAUACAUUUUGUGAGAUUUAUUUUACAGUAUUAACACAUUUUGACAUUGGUUUGUUGAUUUUGUCUUCAUAAUUUACAUAUUUAACUUUCUAAAUCAUAAUACACAAUGCCUGUUUCUUUUUAUUCAGUCUGUUAAUAACAUUUUAAAAAGCCAGCGAGAAUUUGUCUUAUUUUAAACUAUGAUAUUUCUUACUAUCUUUGCCGUAUGCAGAUUGGACUGAGAGCAAGACUGUGACUGUAUAUGAAAGAAGUUCUUAGUGCUAUUGCAUUGUCCUGCACUCUGUGACAUACAGCUAGCCACACUUUAGUCAUAGUAAUCUUGUAAACCCGCUGCUGCUCACGAAUGAAUGAAUUCUUUUUGUGGUAAAUAGGCUGUGCCAUUUCCUUUGCUGAAACAUAGCUGUUUACACAGGUACAAGGUCUUUAGCCCAAGCAGCCAAGUGAGCCUGCUCAGUUUAUGUCUUAAUUGGUUAUUCAGAGGUGUCUGAUUCACUGUUAGGCAUUUCAGUUGUCAUUUGAAUUUGCUUUUUGAAAGGAUAUUUUCGAUAUGUUUUCAGCAGCAGGGUCUCAUUGUAUUCCUCUUAGCUGUGAACGCACAAGGUUAGCUGUGGAAAGUUCAGAGUGGCCAAAGCAAUGGAAUUACCUCUAGGCCUUCAAAAAAUGAAGUGAGCCAAUAAACAAAUUGACUGAAAAUGCUCUCUACUCUUCACAACAUAAACAAACACUAAGGACAAAAUGUAUUUUUGAUAGAAGACUAUGCUAAAAUGGGAUCUCGUACUGUAUGUCCAAAGGUAUGGAUAUAUUUUAAUGUUUGGCCUUAUUAACAAGAACUGUCUGGUCUUGUUGAUUAGCUGUGAUUGCUGUACACAGAACUCUGUGUAAGUAACGAAUGCACUAACUUAAUAUUAUUGAAUGUAUAAGUUGCUUUGCUGGAUGCUGCUUGAACAAAACAAAGAACUAGCUAAUAUGCACUUGGCAUAGUGAUAGAAACGGUUGCAGAGAAAGACUGAGAUAUUUAUACGUGAGCGAUUUGUCAAAGAAUUACUGUAGUCUCAUUCGAAUAUUGCUGAUUUCAAUGCUGAUGUUGCUGUCUUACUGAUAGAAAACUGAAAAAAAUGAUUUGCAGAGGGCUGCCCCACAACUGAAAACUGUACAAACUACAGUUGCGAGGUUUUCUUCUCCUGAAUAUGACUUGAAAUGUGAAAGAAGACAAAAGAACGGUACAACUCCUGUACUUACAUAGACUUGUACAUACCAAUCAAACUAGGUGAUACAAACUUAUUCUUGUGAACCGUUUUCAUUUCGGAACAACCUAGCAUCUGUGUAAUUCUCCUUCUCAACAAGCAAAAAUGUCACCAAAAGGUACCUCCCCUUUUAUUUCAGUUUCAUCCUCCUGAGUCCCAUGCUCAGAAAAGAAUGGAUUCAUUUGCCCAUACGUCAUGCCAAUGCAUCAAUUUCUGCAUGUGAUCUUAUUAGUUAUAAUCCUGAAUGUACUUGUUUAAUAACUGAAUUAAACAAAAAUACUAUUUUAAAAAGGUAUAUUUGAACAAGCUAAUUGUCUUAAUAGUACUGAAAUAUGCAUAUUAUUGGGCUUUGCUUCUGUUUGCCCUAAGAUGUUGUUGAGAAGACGCUGUGAUAGUUCUUGUUUUUUGCCGCUGUAUGAAUCUUAGUUCUGUUCUUCUUUAGUGCAAUAUUCCAUAUGAUCUCUUUCAACUCUAAAUGCAAACGUAGAUUUCUGCUGAUUUACUGUAAAAGGGAACAAUCCUGGUGAUCAUCAAUAAAAAACUCAUAUGCUGAAAUUCUA